AAGCCCAAAACCGGAAGUGACGUUGACUCUACGUCCUGUUUUCUAAACGCAUAGAAUACACUGCUAGUUUAAAAGCUUUCUUUAGCUGUUCACUACGAAGUUUAAAAUGUCUAGAAUACAACUCUUAAGGUCGUUUUUCAACCAGAGAUUAGCAGCUGCUGCCGAAGAGAUAUUCGGGGUCGUGGAAAAAACGAUAGCAGAGUAUCAGGACGAAAUGUCCCGCUCGGAAGAGAAGAACAGCCGGCUACAGAAGCUGCUUGAUAUCACCAUUAAACCAGAAAUAAAGUUGUAUAGAGCAGACACCCAGCAGCUGCCAGCCUGUGAAGAACAGGUUCCCUCUGAGCAGCAGGAGUGGAUCCGCAGUCUGGGCCAGGAGGAUCCACAGUCUGGGCCAGGAGGAUCCACAGUCUGGGCCAGGAGGAUCCACAGUCUGGGCCAGGAGGAUCCACAGCCCGUCCACAUUAAAGAGGAACAGCAGGAACUUUGGACCAGUCUGGGGAAAGGUCAGGAGUCUGACACCACAGAGUUCAUAUUCACUUCUGCUUGUGUGCAAAGUGACUGUAAUCAGGACCGACCUCAGCCCUCACAUCUCUACCAGACACAGAGUACCAGCACCUCGUAUGAACCGUUGAAAAGAGAAACUAGAGAAGAGCAUCAACUAUUAGAGACACCCAGGGCUUCUCAGCCCGUCUCUGCAGUGAAGUCCAUCCGUCCUAGUUCUCCCUCUAAGAGUCGCUGUAAGGUGUGCGGGAAAACGUUUCUGAUGAAAAGCUAUUUCUUUAAACACGUGACAAUGCACACCAAGAUGAGAGAACGUGUCUGUGGGGUGUGUGGAAAACAGGUUGAGUUAGAGGCUAUAAAAGAUCACGUCCAAGCUCACAUUGAUGCUCAGUUUACUUGUCAGUUCUGCAGUAAAUGUUUCACUAAGAGUAAUGCUCUGAGGUUACACAUGAGGAGCCACACAGGAGAGAAGCCCUACCAGUGUACUGUCUGCUGCAGAGGGUUCGCAGGAGCAACCAAUCUAACCAAUCACAUGAGGAUCCACACGGGGUAUAAACCCCACCGCUGUACUGAGUGCGGAAGGUGUUUCUCUGUCCUGGGUCAUCUCCAGACACACAUGAGGAGCCACACGGGGGAGAAGCCCUACCACUGUACUGUCUGCGGUAAAGGGUUUAGUGUGAGCUGCAACCUGACGCAGCACAUGAUGAUCCACACAGGGGAGAGACCUUACCACUGUCCUGACUGUCAGAAAGGAUUCAUCACCAUGGUCAGGCUGAGGAGACAUCAGAUCGCUGUUCACAUGCAGGGAGAAAUGUUCUUCUGUCAUGAGCAACAGCUAUAAAAACAUGCAGGCCUUGAAACACACAUUAGAGUACACAGAGAGACAGAGAUGACAUGACGGGCCCUGACGUAAGACACACACAGAGAGACAGAGAUGACAUGACGAGCCCUGACGUAAGACACACAGAGAGACAGCGAUGACAUGACGAGCCCUGAUGUAAGACACAGAGGAGAGACAGCGAUGACAUGACGAGCCCUGACGUAAGACACACACAGAGAGACAGCGAUGACAUGACGAGCCCUGACGUAAGACACACACACACAGAGAGACAGUGAUGGCAUGACGAGCCCUGAUGUAAGACACACACACAGAGACAGCGAUGACAUGACGAGCCCUGGCGUAAGACACACAGAGACAGCGAUGACAUGACGAGCCCUGACGUAAGACACACACAGAGAGACAGUGAUGACAUGACGAGCCCUGACGUAAGACACACACAGAGAGAGACAGCGAUGACAUGACGAGCCCUGACAUAAGACACACACAGAGAGACAGAGAUGACAUGACGAGCCCUGACGUAAGACACACACAGAGAGAGACAGCGAUGACAUGACGAGCCCUGACGUAAGACACACACAGAGAGACAGCGAUGACAUGACGAGCCCUGACGUAAGACACACACAGAGAGACAGCGAUGACAUGACGAGCCCUGACGUAAGACACACACAGAGACAGCGAUGACAUGACGAGCCCUGACGUAAGACACACACAGAGAGACAGCGAUGACAUGACGAGCCCUGACGUAAGACACACACAGAGAGACAGCGAUGACAUGACGAGCCCUGACGUAAGACACACACAGAGAGACAGCGAUGACAUGACGAGCCCUGACGUAAGACACACACAGAGAGACAGCGAUGACAUGACGAGCCCUGACAUAAGACACACACAGAGAGACUGCGAUGACAUGACGAGCCCUGACGUAAGACACACACAGAGAGACAGCGAUGACAUGACGAGCCCUGACAUAAGACACACACAGAGAGACUGCGAUGACAUGACGAGCCCUGACGUAAGACACACACAGAGACAGAGAUGACAUGACGAGCCCUGACGUAAGACACAGAGAGACAGCGAUGACAUGACGAGCCCUGACGUAAGACACACACAGAGAGAGAGCGAUGACAUGACGAGCACUGACGUAAGACACAGAGGAGAGAGACAGCGAUGACGAGCCCUGACGUAAGACAUAGAGGAGAGAGACACUAGCUUCACACCUGUAAGAGGAGACUUCUUGGUGAAUAAGACUGAACUGCUGGACUUCAGAUUUAACAGAGAUGAUAGUAGAGCGUAUCUUCUGAGCAGCAGAAGUCCCUGAUCAUUAGUUAGAACAGGGGUUCUCAGACUGUUUGGGGCCUGGGACCCCUUUUGGUGUGAGUAAAUUUACUGUGACUUUGGCAGUGCAUUGCCGGACAAACCAAGUCCCUAGGAAGGAACAUUUUAAAGGCAUCACAGAUAGAAAUGACCAGUUUUCAAGCUAAUAUCCUGCAAUCCUAUAGAUUUUGUUCAUGUACUGUCAUCUGUUGUUGACAAUAAAAUAUCUUGUUCCAAUACUGUCAUCUGUUGUUGACAGUAAAACAUCUUGUUCCAAUACUGUCAUCUGUUAUUGAGAGUUAAACAUCUUGUUCAUAUACUGUCAUCUGUUAUUGAGAGUUAAACAUCUUGUUCCAAUACUGUCAUCUGUUAUUGAGAGUUAAACCUCUUGUUCCAAUACUGUCAUCUGUUAUUGAGAGUUAAACCUCUUGUUCCAAUACUGUCAUCUGUUGUUGAGAGUUAAACCUCUUGUUCCAAUACUGUCAUCUGUUAUUGAGAGUUAAACCUCUUGUUCCAAUACUGUCAUCUGUUAUUGAGAGUUAAACCUCUUGUUCCAAUACUGUCAUCUGUUAUUGAGAGUUAAACCUCUUGUUCCAAUACUGUCAUCUGUUAUUGAGAGUUAAACAUCUUGUUCCAAUACUGUUAUUGAGAGUUAAACCUCUUGUUCCAAUACUGUCAUCUGUUAUUGAGAGUUAAACAUCUUGUUCCAAUACUGUCAUCUGUUAUUGAGAGUUAAACAUCUUGUUCCAAUACUGUCAUCUGUUAUUGAGAGUUAAACCUCUUGUUCCAAUACUGUCAUCUGUUAUUGAGAGUUAAACCUCUUGUUCCAAUACUGUCAUCUGUUAUUGAGAGUUAAACCUCUUGUUCCAAUACUGUUGUUGAGAGUUAAACAUCUUGUUCCAAUACUGUCAUCUGUUAUUGAGAGUUAAACAUCUUGUUCCAAUACUGUCAUCUGUUGUUGAGAGUUAAACAUCUUGUUCCAAUACUGUUAUUGAGAGUAAAACAUCUUGUUCCAAUACUGUUGUUGAGAGUUAAACAUCUUGUUCCAAUACUGUCAUCUGUUAUUGAGAGUUAAACAUCUUGUUCCAAUACUGUCAUCUGUUAUUGAGAGUUAAACAUCUUGUUCCAAUACUGUCAUCUGUUAUUGAGAGUUAAACCUCUUGUUCCAAUACUGUCAUCUGUUAUUGAGAGUUAAACAUCUUGUUCCAAUACUGUCAUCUGUUGUUGAGAGUUAAACAUCUUGUUCCAAUACUGUCAUCUGUUGUUGAGAGUUAAACAUCUUGCUCCAAUACUGCCAUCUGUUAUUGAGAGUUAAACAUCUUGUUCAUAUACUGUCAUCUGUUAUUGAGAGUUAAACCUCUUGUUCCAAUACUGUCAUCUGUUGUUGAGAGUUAAACCUCUUGUUCCAAUACUGUCAUCUGUUAUUGAGAGUUAAACAUCUUGUUCAUAUACUGUCAUCUGUUAUUGAGAGUUAAACCUCUUGUUCCAAUACUGUCAUCUGUUGUUGAGAGUUAAACCUCUUGUUCCAAUACUGUCAUCUGUUAUUGAGAGUUAAACAUCUUGUUCAUAUACUAUCAUCUGUUAUUGUCACAUCUGCUUAAUGUUGCUAACCUAAUCUACAAUGAUUGGGGAUCUAACUAUUCUGCCUAUUUUACUUUAACUUGAGAAUAAAUUAUGUUGUUUAAAUACUGUAA